AUGCCUCGUCCAUCUACUGCGUCAAGUAAAGCAGGAAAAGAUGAAUCUGUUCGGGUUGUUGUCCGAUGUCGUCCGAUGAAUGAAAAAGAACAAGAGAAGGGCUGUGAAAGAGUAGUGGAGAUCGAUGGUCAACGUCGGCAAGUAUCCAUUCGACGUCCGAUGACUGACGGAUCCGCAGGAAGAGGUAGUGGUGAUGAUUCACACAACUUCUAUUUUGAUGCAGUGUACGAUUGGAACUCUGAACAAAAAAAUGUUUAUGAACAAACGGCUCGAACGUUGGUUGAUUCUGUUAUGGAAGGUUUCAAUGGUACGAUUUUCGCUUACGGACAAACCGGCACGGGAAAAACGUUUACUAUGGAAGGUAUUCGUUCGAAACCGGAAUUACGUGGGAUCAUUCCGUCCUCAUUUGCACAUAUUUUCGAUGCCAUCGCGCAUACAACGUCAAGGCAAUUUCUUGUUCGAGCAUCGUAUCUCGAAAUAUACAACGAAAGUAUUCGUGAUCUUCUUUCAAAAGAUCAGAAUAAACGCUUGCAAUUACAAGAACACCCAAAAGAGGGUGUACAUGUACAUGAUCUCAGUUCAUUUAUUACGAAAAAUACUCAAGAAAUCGAACAUGUGAUGAAUACCGGAAAUCUGAAUCGUUCCACUGGAGCAACGAAUAUGAAUGAACAUAGUUCCCGAUCACAUGCAAUUUUUGUCAUUACAGUCGAAAGUAGUGAAAUCGGUGCAGACGGUAAAGCACAUAUUCGUGUUGGGAAACUGAAUCUUGUCGAUCUGGCUGGUAGUGAACGGCAAGCCAAAACCGGUUCUACGGGCGACCGUUUCAAAGAAGCAACGAAUAUUAAUUUAUCCCUCUCUGUUCUUGGUAAUGUUAUUUCUGCUCUUGUUGAUGGUAACUCUCAUGUGCCGUAUCGUGAUUCCAAACUGACUCGUCUAUUACAAAAUUCACUUGGUGGAAAUUCAAAAACGAUUAUGAUUGCUACGCUCGGACCGGCUGAUUAUAACUAUGAAGAGUCACUGACAACCCUGCGAUAUGCUAAUCGAGCGAAGAACAUCAAAAAUCAACCGCGUAUUAAUGAAGAUCCAAAAGAUGCUCUAUUACGAAAAUUCCAAGAAGAGAUCGCUCGAUUGAAGGGACAAUUGCAAGGAAAAGGCAAAGGUGGUCGCAAGUCACACCGUGGUCGAAAUCGAAAUGGUGAAGAGGGUGGUGACGGUGACGAAGGUGAUGAGAAAGACGCAGAACUUUAUUUAAAGGAACAACAAGAUAAAUUAAACGAAGAAAAACGAUCCAUCAUGCAGAAGAAGAAUAUCAACGAAGCCGAACGCGAAGCGUUAGGUAAAGAACUUGAAGAACAAAAGAAGGCUAUCGAGCGUGAACUAGAAGAGCGUCGUCAAAUGCAACGAAAGAUUCAAGAAAUGGAAUCAAAAUUAAUUUCGGGCGGUAAAGAUAUUGUUGAGCAUACCAGCGAACAAGAAGAAGCUAUACGACGAAAAAAACGUUUGAUUGCUGAAGCAGAACGUCGUAAUCGAGAAAUUCAACAACAAUUAGAACAGCACGAACAAAACCAACAAUCAGCAAAUGAAAACUAUCGAAGCACGAAAGAUGAAGUUGAAGAUAAACGUAGCAAACGCGAUAAACUACUGAAAGCAUUAAAGAAACUAGAAUCGAGAAAACAAGAGAUUAUUGAUAAGCAUCAAUCUGCUCGAGAAGAACUCGAAGAAGAACAACGCGAAAUACAAAAACAAGCAAAAUUGUUCCAAUUGGUCAUCGAAAAUUUCGUUCCUCAAGAUGAACGUGAACGUUUGUUGAAACGAGUACAAUAUGAUGACAAUAAAAGUUGUUGGACAUUAAAAGAACUAACUAAACAAGCGGAUCAAAUGGUUGCUCGACCUGUUUCAGCCAGUGCACAAUGUCGCUCACCGCUUCAAUAUACUCAAUCGAAUGAUAAUUAUGAAAUCACUCGUUUCAAAAACGAAAACAUCAUUCUGCUUCAAUUAGACUUUCCUAGUCGAACCACUCGUGAUUAUGAAGGUCCGAUGGUUUCUCCAAUGAUACAAGCAGCAAUAGAAAAUGCGAUGAAGGAUGAAGAACAUUUGGAGUUAGACGCAAAUGCGCUCGUUGUUGAUAAACGUAAAAAGAAACGAAAAUCAGUUACAAACAAUGGUGCCUAUGAUAAUAACUACCCCACGUCAGCAUCUCGUGGCGGCCACAGCAAUGCCUCCGGAUCGUGGUAUGAUUAG